CUGUCAUCAGGAACAAUAUAAAAAUAUUAGAAAGCCGUGAUGACGAGCAAGUAGAUUAAUUAUCCUUUUAGAUAUAUUACUCACAGUUUCACUCACAGUUUCACAACACAAUGGGUUCUCUCAUGGCAGGAUGGGACUCUACCCAUGUGGAUCCUAAGUCAGCCACACUUAAGAGGAACCGUUCACUGACCAAAGAUGAAAUUAACGCUUUCUGGAAAUCGAAGAAGAAGAUAGAGGAAGAACACCUCACUGCUAUUUCAACUUCACCACACACUGUUCAGAAUGGACAGGGCAGGAAGAACAACACAGAGACUGAGAGGAAGUUUCAGAAAUCAGUGAGCAUGCCAGUGACACGUGUACGUGAAAACUUAAAUAAGGAGAUUUUUGAUACAAGUUUGGAGCAGCUUAUCGAGAAAAAUGGCUGGUAAUGAUAUGAA